ACUCAAAAGUACAUCGUGAAGAAUUACUUUUACUACUACCUCUUCAAGUUUUCGGCUGCUAUGGGUCAAGAAAUAUUUUACAUCACAUUUCUUCCAUUCACUCACUGGAAUAUUGAUCCAUAUUUAUCCAGACGGUUGAUAGUUGUAUGGGUGGUGGUUAUGUAUAUCGGCCAGAUCUCUAAGGAUAUCCUGAAGUGGCCUCGUCCCUUCUCUCCGCCGGUCGUGCAGCUAGAAAAGAGAGUAAUUUCUGAGUAUGGAAUGCCAUCUACUCAUACUAUGGCUGCAACAGCCUUAUCUUUCACAUUACUCAUUUCCACUAUGAACCGAUACAAGUACCCCUUUGAGGUGGGAGUAAUGGCAGCAGUCUUGUUUUCUACGCUGGUAUCUCUCAGCCGACUUUAUACUGGAAUGCAUACGGUCCUGGACGUGGUCUGCGGAGCUCUGAUCACCGGGCUGUUAAUUGCCGUCACCUACCCUGCGUGGAACCUGAUUGAUCACUUUCAUUCAGCCAAUCUGCUCUUCCCAAUAUUUGUCCUGGUCGUGCCUUUCUUCUUAUGCUAUAACUACCCGGCAUCUGAAUCCUACAGCCCGACCAGAGCAGACACAACUACCAUUCUGGCGGCGGGAGCUGGAGGGACUCUAGGCUUAUGGAUAAAUCACUUUUUCAAGCUGGCGUCGGAGCCCACCCAGCACGUUCUCCGGACAAUCCCGCCCAUCACCGGGGACCUGCUCCUCUUGGGACUGACCAGAUUCACGGUGGGGAUCGUGACGGUUCUUCUGGUUCGUCAGCUUGUCCGCAGCCUCUCGCUGCAAGUCCUCUACUCGUGGUUCCGGGUGGCGACCGGGAACAAAGAAGCCAGGAGGAGACUGGAAAUCGAGGUGCCCUACAAGUUUGUGACGUACACUUCGGUCGGCCUUUGCGCGACGACGUUCGUUCCGAUACUCCAUCGGCUCCUGGGAUUACUUUGAAAAAGACACGCUUUAAAGGCAGCUCAGGAGAGACGGGGAUGAAAUUGGUCAGAGAUGGAAAAAAGCUUGAAAAUAAAAA